AUGAACAUGGCACAAAACGACGACAGCCUCCAGACUCACGUGCAUGCAGAUGAGGCAAACAAGCAUGACACGCCGCAGCCAAGCUUUGCAGAAGAUCUUGAGUCAACGCGCUCGGGGACGAAGCGAGGACAAGAUGCCGAGCGAGAUGACCUGCCGUACUCAGGCAAAGGCACGUCGGAAGACAGAGCACUGCUCUUGAAGCAGGAUCUCAGGAUUAUCCCGCUGUGUGCCUUCAUCUACCUGCUAUGCUACCUUGAUAGGUCGAACAUUGGUAACGCGAAAGUGCUGCACGAAGACACCGGUAAUGAUCUUCUCAGCGACACAGACAUGACCAACUUGCAGUACACAAUCGCAUUGAUGGUCUUCCUCAUCGCCUACGCCUUAUUCGAAGUGCCAAGCAACUACAUGCUCAAACGCGUGAACCCCAGCACUUGGAUCGCCUUCCUCAUGCUGUCUUGGGGCGCCAUCACCAUGGGGCUCGGUGGCGUCCACUCUUUCGGUGCAGUUACAGCUGUGCGCUUCCUCCUUGGAGUGUUUGAAGCAGGCCUAUUCCCUGGACUGGUGUACUACCUGACUUUCUGGUAUCGCACUGAAGAGCGAUCAAUUCGAGUUGCGCUGAUUCUGGCGUCUGCUACCUUGGCUGGAGCUUUCGGUGGAGCGAUAGCAUAUGGCGUGGGUCACAUGAAUGGCACGAGUGGACUAUCUGCUUGGCGAUGGCUCUUCAUUCUGGAGGGCCUUCCGUCACUGCUUUCUGCCAUCUUUGUCUUCUUCUACCUACCGGACUACCCAGAGACGUCAAAGUGGCUCUCGGCUGAGGAGAAGACUUUAGCCGGUGAUCGCCUCCGUCUCGAGGGGUCGCAUGGGCACAGUGGCCACAUGACAUGGGCAGAUGCAAAGGAGACAUUGACUGACUGGCGCCUAUACGCCCACUACGCCAUCUACUUCAGCAUCUCCACCCCCUUCUCGUCCUUGUCCCUAUUCACACCUACUAUUACCGCCGGUCUCGGGUAUGCAGGACUACGAGCACAACUCAUGACAGUCCCGCCAUACGCCGUUGCAUAUGUGGUAACCAUCGCCGUCUCCUGGUCUGCCGAUCACUUCAAUGCUCGAGGUCUGGACAGUGCAAUCUUCGCCACAAUAGGAGCCAUCGGCUUUCUAGCGUCAGCGGUCUUACCACCAGCAUCAUACUCCGCUCGCUAUGGAUGCCUUAUAGUGGCGACCUCGGGUGCUUUCAGCUGCAUUCCCCCACUACUUGGCUGGCUGAGCUCGAACUUGUUUAGUACGGCAUCUAUAGGCCUGGCCAUUGCCAUCAACAUCUCCUUUGGUGCGCCGGGGCAGAUCGUGGGAGUCUGGAUCUACAAAGCCAACGAGAAGGCAGACGGCUAUCCGACCGGCCACUGGACGAACGCCGGGCUACUCUUCUUCGUCGCUGCUGGUUGCAUAGCGCUUGUGCUAUACUACCAGAUGCUGAAUAGAAGACUUCGCAACACUGGUGAGGCAAGAGCUUACAGGCUGUGA